AUGCCUGUUCAGUGCAGCAAAAACGUUUCAUUGGCGCUGAAACUGGCUAACGGUACAAUUGGCUACAUUGUUGCGAUCCAGCCUUCUCCCACCGCUGUAGUUCAAGAUAUUAAUUGCGCAGAUUUCGUGAGAUAUUUCAAGCCGGAGGCCGCUGCUCUUGCAGAGACAGAGAGACUGCUGCAGUUGGAACUCUCGCAGCUUUAG